UGACUGAGUUUAAGAGAGCCUUCUCACUGGUGUGGGAUCACUUCACUCUAGUGACACCCAAUAAGGUCCAGUGCGCCCUCUGUUCACAACGGCUUAGCUUCAACAAAAACACUUCCGCCAUGUUAAGGCACCUACGAUCAAGGCACCCAAGCGAGGCUUGGUACAGCAACUCAACAUCUGGGGCCCACUCAAGCACAAGCAACUCAACAUCUGGAGUCCACUCAACGUUCUCAAACUCAAUAAUUAGUAGUUCUGGAGUCCACUCAUCGUACUCUGGUACUACAGGACUAAACUCAAUGUUUACAAACAAUGCUGCUGCUGGACACCACAUCCAAGUCAGGACCACCAGACAAGAGGACCUGGAUGAUGCCCUCGUCAACAUGUUGGUUAAAGACACCCAGCCAUUUUCAGUAGUCGAGGAAGAGGGAUUCACUGCUUUCAUCCAAAAGCUAGACCCAAGCUACAAUCUUCCAAACAAGCAAGCACUGAAGAAAAUGGUGGGGUCUCGGUGUGAAUUCAUCAAUGAUAAUGUUGUAUCUCAGAUGGUAAUUUCUGACUUUGUCAGCCUGACUUCGGACAUGUGGACAUCUAUAGACAAGCACAGUUACAUUUCAGUGACAGGGCAUUUGGUAGCAGAAAAUGCCCAGUUAUCCACUUUCCUCCUUGGGAUUUCUAAGCUGCCUGAAAACCACAAAGUUAUCCACAUUGAGGAGGCCAAAAACCAACUGGUGGCGAGCUGGGGCCUCCACAGCAGGGUCGCUGCAUUUGUCACAGAGAACAGCGAAAAUAUGGUAGCCACGGUUCAGAAAUUAGGAAUCCUCCAGUUGCCCUCUUUUGCACACGUCCUGAACCUUGUGAUUAAGAGGUCCAUGGAGUCUACUUUGGAGCUGCAGGACAUCCGCUCCCAAGCGCGGGCUAUCGUGGCUUUCUUCAAGUCGAAUCAGAACGCAGAGAUGAGGUUAGCCGAGGUGCAGGGGCAGCUAGGCAGGCCGGAGCAGAAGCUGAUCCAGGAAGUGGACUCGAGAUGGAACAGUAGCUUUUCUAUGCUGGAACGCAUCUUUGAUCAGAGGGAGUCGGUGGCUGCUGCUCUCAGCACCCUGGACACGGACAUCAUCCCUCUGGGAUCUGCUGACUACGAGGUCAUCCACCAGUGUCUCGGAGUGCUGGGUUCCUUCAACCAGGCCACAGCUGAGCUCGCCUCAGAGAAACGCGUCUCGGCCUCCAAGGUCAUUCCUCUUGUCCGGAUGCUGAAGAUAACCCUUGAGAAGAAGCACGGGGCCAUCAUACACCCUACGGCUACACAGCUGGCGUCUAACCUGCAGAGGGAGCUUCAGGCGAGCUGCAGUAUGGUGGAGACCGAGCCAAUCCUGGCUCUCUCUGCUCUCCUAGACCCGCGCUUCAAAAUGUUGGCCUUCGGGAACCAAGGCUACGCUCAGGAGGCGGUGAAGCUCCUCACCUCCGAGUGCGCCUCAUUAAUCGGGAUAAAUCCGGACAAGGACGACAUUCUACCGCCGUCCACCACCGGGUCAACGACACCCUCCCCGACAUCACCCCACACCUCCUGGGCAAUGGAAACCGCUUCCAUCUCCAUGGCAACAUCUCUGUCUAAGUCCCACGAUGGGGGUCUGUGGGAGAUGUUUGACAGUAAAGUGGGCGAGACACAGAGCGUCCAGAGCAGCACGGCGGAUGCAGCGGUGGAGGUACAACACUACCUCAGUGACCCGUACCUGAACCGAGUGGAGAACCCCAUGCACUACUGGGAGAAGCACUCCAAGGUGUACCCGCACCUAUUCCAGCUGGCUCGGAAAUACCUCAGCGUUCCCGCCUCGUCUGUGCCAUGCGAGCGCAUAUUCACCAAAGCUGGAGAUGUGUUCAAUAAAAAGAGGAGUUGCCUCAGUAUAAAGGCUGUAGAGCAGAUAAUGCUGUUGAAUAAAGGUCUAGUAUAGCACAAGCAGCAUACUAUCCACAGUGCUUCUCAUGCUGUUUGGCCUGUAUGUAACAUAGGACUAUUAAAUGUACCAAAUGCAUUGUAAUGUAUUCUUCCUGGUUUGUGUAUAAAGUAUGUUAAAAUGGCCUCUUUUUUUUUUAAAGAGAAGCGGUCUUACAUUUACAUUUUGAACAUUUGUCAGGAGGCCAUUUGACCACUAGAGGACAAUGCUGCACUGCCUAACAACCUUGCACACUUGGGUGUACGUUUAUGGCUCUCAAUUACAUUUUAUUUAUUACUGGGUGGACUGAAUUAAAUAUUGCCAUAAUCACCAUAAGUGUUAAAAAUAUAUUUUAAAACAUUUGUAAAAUCACUGAAUACUAUUUUGCAUUGUCAUGUAAUCGUGAUGGUUGUUGUGCAAUUGAUGUUAUUUCACAUUCAUAUCACCACGUAUGGAGUUCUCUUGAUGCUUUUUGAGUGCUUUUUAAGGUCAAGAAAAUAUUAUUUAACUUCU